AUGGCUCAAAAUAAGGCACAAGAGGAAGAGCUUGAAGUUCUGCGCGCCAUAUAUGAAGAAGACGAACUUUUUAAUGAACUAAACGAGACUACAUUUCAGUACAGAUUUGGGGAGUUGGGCCAAACCAAGUCUUUUGUAGUGGAAGUCCAGUGGCCAGAUAGGUAUCCAGAAUGCUUACCACAUAUCAAUUUAAAUACUUUUUAUAACAAACAUAUUUCGAAGGAGUUGAAAGAAAUAAUCGUUGAAAAAAUUACGACCGAAAUUGCUGAAAAUGUUGGACUUGCAAUGACAUUUACAGUGUUUAGUUGGGUUGGGGAAAAUUUUGAGGAGUUAAUUGAGAAGCAUCUGGAUCUCAUUUAUACGGAG